AUGUCAUGUCUGUGGCUCCCUGGUGUCUCCUGGACAGCAGCUCUGACAGUGACACUGAUGGUGCUGAGCCCUCCCCUGACUUUAACCAGGGACACUCGACCUAAGUCGCGUUUCAUGGAGCAGCUUAAGUUUGACUGCCAUUUCUCCAACGGGACCCAGCGGGUGCGGUUCCUGGAGCAAUACAUCUAUAAUCCGGAGGAGUUCGUGCACUUUGACAGCGACGUGGGCGAGUACCUGGCGGUGACUGAGCUGGGGCGGCGGGACGCUGAGCUCUGGAACAGCCAGAAGGACUAGAUGGAGGAACGGCGGGCCAUGGUGGACACCUUCUGCAGAUACAACUACUGGAGUGGCGAGAUCUUCAUGGUGCAGAGGCGAGCUCAGCCCAAGGUGACCGUGUAUCCUACAAGGACCCAGCCCCUGCAGCACCACAGCCUCCUGGUCUGCUCUGUGAACGGUUUCUACCCAGGCAACGUUGAAGUCAGAUGGUUCCGGAAUGGCCAGGAAGAGAAGGCUGGGGUUGUCUCCACAGGCCUGAUCCGUAAUGGAGACUGGACCUUCCAGAUCCUGGUGAUGCUGGAAACAGUUCCUCAGAGUGGAGAGGUUUACACUUGCCAAGUGGAACACCCAAGCCUGACGGACCCUGUCAGGGUGGAAUGGAAGGCACAAUCUGAAUCUGCACGGGGCAAGAUGCUGAGUGGAAUUGGGGGCUCUGUUCUGGGCCUGCUUUUCCUUGGGGUGGGGCCAUUCAUCCACUUCAGGAAUCAGAAAGGACACUCAGACCUUCAGCCAACAGCAUCUGUAUUUGUGAAAGGAAGUUGCGGCCAAGAACUUACAGGAUACACCAGCAUUCAGAUAUUUCAGAACAGAAAGAUCACAGAUAGUCCCCAACUCACCCUCUCCCUCCAAAAAUAG